UCAAACAAAUACAGCGUCAUUGCGGAAGUUUUCAACAAUUUAAAAAUGUCGAAUUACAUCUAUCUAAUCAGAGGUAUCUUUACUUUGACCACAUCAACAUUAGCAUAUGGAUUGUUUGCUCUAGAAGGUUCGACAGUACAGUUGGAGUGUCCUUAUACAGUUACAGACCUGAAAAGUCUACGCUGGCGUAGAGUUGACAAUAACUCGAUUACUUAUUCUAUAAAUUCGAGGAUAAAUCCAAGUUUCUCAUCCAACCUUCAACAGAGAUUAAACAUAACUGGUAAUCAAACAGAAGGAGAAUAUCAUCUGAGUAUAUCUGACAUUACAAAAAGUGAUGAGGGAUCAUAUGAGUGUUCUAUUUCUGGUACUUCAAAAAUAUACACAGAACAGCUGACUCUUAUUGUUGAACCAUCAAGUGUGAUUAUAGAAAAUGUGUUACAAGAUGACAAACUGCAAGGUACAGAAGGAAUUGAUCUGUUAAUAACAUGCACAGCUAUAGGAGGACAACCACAACCAGAUCUGAAACUGAUAAUAUCAGGAAGUACAGUUGCUACCGGCAAACAGUCUCUUCAACACACAUUAACGAAAAUCAGUAGAUCACACGACCGUGAGACGCUUACAUGUUAUGCCGGUAACGAAGAGAUUUCACAUUAUUCACUUGCUAAAUCAGCUAAGGUGUAUCUCAUCCUAAAGCCAUUGCUGCCAAUAUUCUUCCAGAAAGCUAUAGUUAUAGAAGAGAUAGUGCCCCUUAAUGUAUCAUGUGUUUCUCAUGGUAGCAGACCUGCAGCCAAUUUUACGUGGCUUAUUGGAAAAAAUAAAAAAGAUGUCACAUUGAAAUCUUACGAAACUAGUACCUUCAAUUCGUCAACAGAAACGUUUACAGUUACAUCUACGUUACUCUACAGAGUUGAUAGAACCUACAACGGACAAUACGUAACAUGUGAAGCAAGAAAUAUCGUAAGCGGUAAUGUUUCAUCGAGCAAACAGCUCAGCAUUAAAUAUGCACCGAGUGUGGGAGUAGAAAAUAAAACGUUUCAGCAAAGAGACACAGGAAGGAAAUUGCAGUGCAAUAUACAAGGCAACCCUAGUGAGUACUCAAACUUCAAGUGUCAUCAUAAGUCUUUAUAUGGUGUUCAAAAACGAGAGUUGACAAUCGGACAGAAUGGAAUUUUAACACUUCCGGAAGUACCAUUUGAACUUGUCUACCAGGACAGUGGAAUAUAUGUGUGUACAGUUGGAAAUGGUAUUUUGGGGACAAAUGGACAAGAAAAACAAACAGGAUAUGGAUUUGUUAAAAUAAAAGCACAGCCAGUUUUCGUCAAGAGCAAUGUCAAGAAAAUGACUGUAAUGAUCGGAAAAAAUGCGGAUGUCAAUCUUUACGUCUUAAGUGAGCCUAAAUAUACAUCUAUUAAAUGGUACAGAAACACUACCCUUCUAUCACAGUCAGCCAAAUACAGUAUGCUUGAAAAAAUAAUGAUUGUGGAUGACGAUUUCCAUGGCAAAGUAGUACAACUUGACGGGUACAAAUUGACUCUAGUUAUAAAUGCUUUUAGAAUUGAAGAUGCUACAUUUUACAGACUGCUGCUGUCAAAUGGAAUAGGAGAUGUAGUCGAGCACAUUGUGUUUCUUGAAAUAGGAAACUUUCCACAAACGCCAAAACAUAUUACCGUUGUAUCUGUUGAGCAAACAAGAUUGACAAUACAAUGGGACCCUGUGAUAGAUGACGAUUUUCGUCUGAUUUAUCACAUUGAGCAUAAACUGUCCAUUUCAUCAAUGUGGAUUCGCAAAGAAAUCGAUGGGAGAGAUAUUGAAAUAGGCAACACAAAACUACUAUAUAAAUUGGUUGGUUUGCAAACGUCAACUUACUAUGACGUAAGAAUUGUAGCGGAAAACAGUUUCAACAAAAGUUUACCAUCAGCUAUCAUCACAGCCAAGACUCUUAGUAAAGAAAACACAGAAAAUGCUAUACAGUCCGCAAGCAUUCCGAUGGUAGCCAUGGGAGCAUCUUCUACUAUUAUAACCAUUGUAGCUUGGCUUGUAGUAGGUUUGUUUUGGUUCAAACGAAAAACAACCACCAAGGCAAAUAGAAAUAAAACAGAUUCAGCACAACACCGUUCUGACAUCCAAAUGUAUGAUGUAGUUACAGAUUCUGCAAAAAUUCAAAUAGAUCAACCCAAUGAUAUCAGUGAUACUUCAAUGUCAGCUUACGAGGACCUUGGUAUAAAAGAUAAGCCAAACGUUUACAGUGAGCUCUAAGAAAAGGAUCAAAGAAAGCAGCCAUGCCUUGUUAUAGUCAGUUUUUUUUUACCAAAGUUUUAAUAUACCUAAAUAUACAACAAAUCAAUGACAUAUGUAAAGGAAAGAACAUUUAAAACAAUGUUAUUUGUGUUUUUUGAAUGAUGAAACAUAUAUAAGGAAUGAGUGUACUAUUACUCUGUCUAUGAAGAAGUACCAUAAAAAAUGUUGUACAUACUAAGUUACUUGCGCAAGAUAAGAUUUAUUUAUUUGUAAAGAAGAUGGAGAUUCAUUUGCAGGGUUGAGUUGCAUUUUUAUAGUUUCAAUACAAUAAUAUGUAUUUCAGCAUUCGUACACAAUAUUGGCAAACCAAGAAAGCACCAAAACUUAAAGUUACAGCUAUAUUGAAUAUACACCAUUUUGACCGCAUUUUAAAAUAAGUUUGUAAAUAAAUAAAAUAACAAUGCUGUAUUGUGUUAUAGAUAGUUCAUAACUUUAGUUGUAGAGAUUAUUUUUAAUGUUGAAUUGCUCAAGUAUAACACUACUUUUCCAUUUUGUGUUUGUGUGUGUAUGUGUGUGUAUUGUUGUUUAUUUUAUAAUUGUUUUUCGAUUCUUGUUAUAGCAUUAUAAUUUAUCUUUUUAAUCUAUGUGUUUGAUUUUACCUUUGGUAUCUUUUUUCUUCACUGCAGAAAAAGUUUGACUUCAUCGACUAAGCUGUGGUUGCACAGUCAUUGAAGCACCAUAAUACUUGUAUUUAAAUCAGUUAAUGGCAUGGUUCCUAACUAUUUAGAAGAAAAUUUUCAUUUUACUGAUAAUCAAAACUAUGACUUACGUUCAGCUGAUGAAAAACUAUUAAAUCUUCCAAAACCAAAAACUACUUUUUUUAAAGAAAACAUUUACAUAUUCAGGUUCUCAAAUAUGGAACAGUUUACCAAAUGAAAUCAAAAUGAGUGAUACACUUGUAUCUUUUAAAACAAAAUGUUACAAAUUUUUCAUCAAUUGUGCAAAUUAAUAUGCCUUUUCAUUAUUAUUUCAAUAC